ACCUUCUGCUGUCGCGUCAAUGCGACGUCAUCACUGCGCGACGUCAACAUUGACGGACACAGGUUUAACCAUCCUCUGCUAAACUUUGACACAAUUUGUGUGACAUGGAGCCAGACGGGGACCUAAACCCCGAUACGGAUGACCUUCCACUCCGAGCCAAUACUAACCACAUACUUGUCAGACAUUAUGUGCUGGACCUGACCGUUCAUUUCGACAGGAAGGUCAUCAGUGGUAAUGUCGUUCUGUUCCUGGAGCCUUGCUCUGGAUCGGGGACUACGGCUGAGGAAGACAGUGGAGCUGGAGCUGGGACCAAAGAGGCCGGAGUGAGUCAGGGUGCGUUUGUGUGUAGACCUCGCAAUGUGGAUGAAGUUGAGGAUGGUACAAAAGGACGUGUGGAGACUCCGACAAGGAUGGAGAAGAAGUGUGGUGCUAAAGAAAGAGAUACACCUGAAUUUCAGGCUCUGCCUGGCAUUGCGUUGGCGCAGACUGCAGCUGAAACGGAAAAUAUUCAGUCUUCAUAUUUGUGGGAAACUACCAGCGACGGUGAUUUUACCUUAACGCUGGACUGCUGUGACAUCGACGUGUCAAAGGUGGAAGAGGUGGACGUCACCUCUGUGUCAGCCACGUCUGGCCUCCUGCUAGAGGUUAAAUCUGAGAAGUCAGUUGUCAGUUCAGUGAACCAUCAAGCAGCCUUUAUUCAGAAUCUUAUCUCGAUGCCCUCCAGCCGAUGGAGGCAGAAGCAGCAGCUCUUCUUGCUGUGUAGCCGUGCCCUCGGUGCUCAGGAUGGCAGCUCGCUGCAUUUUCAGAGAGACAAAUGGAGUUUGCAGGUGAGAAAGAAGGGGGUCGCGUCACCUCAUGAGUUUCCUCGUGCUCUCAGGAUCUGCUAUGAGACGAGGCCAGCAGGAGGCUCUGUGAGGUGGACCAAAGACCAGGACGACAGGGUGUGUGUUUACACUGCCGGUUCUCCCAUCAACAACAGAGCACUCUUCCCCUGCCAGGAGCCGCCUGUUGCCAUGUCAACGUGGCAGGCAACAGUACGGGCCCCCAGUGAGUGUGUGGUUUUGAUGAGCGGGGAGGAGCCCGCUAUACCUUUUGAGGACGGGGACACACGCUCCCUAAUCUGGAAUUACUACGUCACUAUGCCCAUGCCCGCCUCUACCUUCACCUUGGCAGUGGGCCACUGGCGUCAAGUCACAGCAGAAAAUCCCCCAGCAUUGGACAAACUCAGCUCUGGACCUGGGGAAUGGGCUGAGGCUGACCUUAUGUCUGGACUUGGAAGCUCCAUCAGUGAAGAAGUAAAGGGCUCUCCACUCAAGACUGGCAGCAGGGACCAGACCACCCGCUCAGACUCUUCAUUCUGUUACUCUUCCCAUGAGGAUGGGGGGCUCUCUGUAACUGAUUAUUCAGGCAUGGUGGAUGACGGCAUCUCUUGUUCCCAUGGCGACUACCCUUGCCGAUUUACCGAGCAGUCGGCUAGAUCCCAGCGGGUGAUUCCACACCGUGUGUUUGGACCUGUCUGCUUGCUUCAGAAAGCCCAGAUGGGAGUCCUAGCGCUUCUGCCUCGAUGUUUGGCUGCAGCCCACACUGUUCUGGGGGUCCACCCCUUUCCCCGCCUUGAUGUUCUCAUCGUUCCAGCAGGGUUUUCCAGUCUGGGCAUGGCCAGCCCCCAUAUCAUUUUCCUGUCUCAGAGUGUGCUGUGUGCUGGGAGUCUUGGUUCUGAAGAGAACGGCCUGUCUCUGUGCGGGUCGAGGAUCUGCCAUGAGAUCGCCCACUCCUGGUUCGGCCUGGUUAUCGGGGCCAGAGACUGGACUGAGGAAUGGAUCAGCGAGGGCUUUGCCACCUACCUGGAGGACAUUAUCUGGGCCCAAGCACAACAACUCUCCUUACAAGAGACAGCAGAACAGUCUGACCUGAAUGCACUGCUGAGAUGGAGACGACUGUCUGAUGAGUUGCAGAACUCAGAGCAGGCACUUCAAAUCCUCAGACCUAACAUGGAGAACACUGGUCAGGUCAGUGAGUCUGGAUCCUCCACGGUUAAACAUGCCCUCAACCCUGACAAAACCUUCAUGCAAGUCCACUACCUCAAGGGUUACUUCCUCCUCAGGUUCUUGGCCAGUCAAGUGGGAGAGAAACAAUUCACUGACUUCUUCCGAGUAUUUGUGAAGAAAUACCACGGGCAGCUUAUUUUGUCUCAGGAUUUCCUGCACAUGCUGUUGAUUACCUGUCCCGACAUGGAGAGAAAAGGCCUCACCCUCAGUGAUAUUUAUGCUGACUGGCUCGAUCGACCGGGAAUUCCAAAGUGGCUGUAUGAAAGGAACGCCGUGUGGUCACAAGCGAAGCUGGUGGAAGAAGUCAAAGCAGAGGUUGUAAAAUGGAUUCUCCUCAGUCAGAGUCAUCAGGGGAAGGGCAGAAAGCGGAAGAGAACAGAGCCCAAGGUGAACUACAAAGAGGUUUUUUCUCCUCAGGUGACGUCGGAGCAGCUAGUGAUGCUUUUGGAGCUUCUGCUCGAGGAAGAGCAGCUGAGCGUGGCAACAUUGCGCGCUCUGCAGAGAACUUACAACCUACAGAAUCAAGACGCUGAGGUCAAGCAUCGCUGGUGUGAGCUGGUGGUCAAACAUGCGUACACUCGGGCUUACGGAGAUGUGGAACACUUUCUGGUUCAUGACCAAGCCAUGGGUGUGUAUCUGUACGGGGAGCUGAUGGUUCAGGAGGACCCUGAGCAGCAGGCUCUGGCCCGUCGUUGCCUCUCAUUGAUCCAGGAAGAAAUGGACCAAUCGGCACGCAGAGUGGUGGAGGAGAUGAUUCUCUGACAUAGAAGUUUGCUAACGUCAGACGGUGAUGACAGGAGUUUGGCACACCGGGUCCAGCGCUCACCUCCUCCUCCUCCUCUGUUAGACAGGGGAGGCUCCAGAAUCACUCAGCAGUGUGAACACCAAAAGGCUGCGCUCUUACUCGACAGCCAAGGACAACUGGCAAGGUUUAGAGCACAGCAGUUCUGUCCAUUCAUGUAUUUGGAAAUAACUUGUGUGUGUGAACCACUAACAAAACAAGCUGUUCCUAGUGAGAUGCACUAUUGUUUAACACAUUGUUUCUGUGAUGAGAGAGAAGAAUCACACAAUUCCACCUGUUUUAAAAUGAUGUUUCAUGGAUUGAGACACAUCCAUCAAUGUUUAGGAGCCUGUGUUUAAGUUCAACAACAUCUCAGGGCAUUAUAGGCGUACAUUCUGGCUUUGUGACUGCUGUGUGAACAAAUGAUUAUGGUUUUUCUACUUUGUAUAUUUUAAAUGAAGGUUUGUGAAAUGCUCAUGUUGAAAUUAAAUUAUGUUUUCUUAAAAUAAAUGACUUUUUCUUAACCUUAUUUCAUCUGUUGAGAAGCAAAACCUGAACAUCAGUUCGUACCUCAUGCCUAUUUUAUUUGCAACUAGGUACAAAUAUCAUAGCCAUAUUGAUCUUUUAAUGUCAUAGACAACUGAUUUACUGAAUAAAACAUUGGUUGUGUAGUGUGUUAGGUUAAGUGAUAUCCUAGUGUAUAUUUUGUUCACAAACCCAGUGAAGAAAAAUAAUGUUUCAAAU